CAUUUGGAAGACAGGAUAAAUAAUGCUUGUAAUCUUACUGUGUGAAUAAAUGAGUGUUAUACCAAGUCUGAAUCAAGAGUGAUUAUUCCUCCCCCGUAACUGGGGUAUGUGCUCGCUACAGUUGGCGUAGUCGGCAGGAUUUUGGGCUUAAGGCCUCCUUGACCACUGAGCACUGAGGAAUGUAAAAUAAGUAAUACAAAAGAAUUGGCUAUUACUCUGGUGGAGUAACAAAUUACAGGAAACCAAAUAAACCAGCAAGCGACCUCAAAGCCGCUCUGAGAAAUCAACUCCUCGAAGUCAACUCUGAGGACCUAAUCUGAAGGUCCAAGGAGGAAGAACUGGUAGGAGAGAGAGUAUCAGAAGCAGACGGGAAACACCACCCUCCCUAAAGGUGCGGAGUACCGAAAGAAUACCGGACACCUUGAUGCCAACCCAGACCCCUGGGGAAGAGCGGAAGGUGCUGGGAAAGAGCUAAAUGAGGCGCUGGCUGGCCAAAAGGAUAGAAAGGAUUGCGGAUUUAAAAUUUGAAAAAUUGAUAACUGAUUCCUUAAAUCAGUCUAAACGAAUUAGUGACUGGGAGUGGUACCGUAGGAAAAAAUUAAUUAAAUUUUUGUACGGCUUGGUAUACCACUUACAAUGAAUAGAUUAAUUAAGAAAUUUAAGAAGACUAACAUCUCCCCGGUGACAGGUAGAGAAUAUCAAGAUGAGGUUGAAGAACAGUGGGGGAAAGUAGCCUCCAAGGUUAAAAAUAAGGCCGGCAUGAAAUCAGUAAAUGUGACUAACACAUUAACAAAUCCGGAUGUGGUAGAACAAGAAUUAGAGGGAUGUAGCAAGGCACAAACUACCGCACUGCUUAUGAAAACGGUGCAGGAUAUUGAUAAGGACAGAUUAAUGGGCAAAAGGCUAGCCUUAAACAUAGUGAGGAAGGAACAGGAGCGUAGCGCUACUCCUGGAUGGAACGGACGUAACACCGUACCAUCAUUUCCUGUCUCUACCCAAAGUAAGAGAACUCCUAUUAGAAGUACUAUAUCAGCUCUGAACCCCUUCAGCACUGGAGGAGGUAGUAAUCAUCCCAAAUUUGAAAUGGGAACGAAGUUUGAGGAAAUCAGGCCAUAUACUCCUCAGGAGAUCUCAGAAUUACGGAAAGAUUAUGCCCAAAAUGGACAGAAAGAUGCAGAAUAUAUGUGCCGACUGUGGGAAAAGGGAGCUGACACAGUCAUGUUAACUGAUCUAGAAAUGAGAAAGAUCAGAAACAUAGUAGAGAACCCCUCAGUAUCGGAAGCUCUAGAGCAUGUAAUUGAGACAUCAAAAGGCGAUACACAUCCACUAUUAGAUUGGAUUACUGCAGCUUGGAGAUUUGCAUUUCCAACACUAGACCUCACUCAAUUUGAAUCAGCAGCACAGUGGACAACAUACGCACAAGCCAUAAAACAAUGUAGAAAAUUAGGUAUAUUAUAUUUCAUAUACAACCAGGUACCCACACCUCAAGCCGCACCUUUUACACCACAAUUUAAAAAAAUCAUUAUUAAAGGAGCUCCAGCACACCUUAAAAUGAGCCUAGCUGGACCCCUGCAAGCAUGUCAAACCAUCUCAGAUGCCAUGGAAUUCUUUAAAUCUUACAGGGAAAUGGACAUAGACAAGGUAGUAUCAUUUAAUGUUAAUAAGAAACAGGACAAGAAGAAAGUUACACCACGGUUUUCAAACAUAAGACCAUUUGGAAAACCUAAUCAAAUGCCCAUAAGACAGAAUGCAAACAAACCAUGGAAUCCGAUUAGAAGGUUGACAGGAAGGAAAAAUAUCCCAUGGAGAGAGACACAGAGUAACCCAUGGAGACAGACAUACCAACCAAAACUUUUUUUAGGCAAUCGAAAUUUCAAACCAAAUUUCAGACCAAAAUUUUUCAAUCAGAACAACCACAGGCCCCCAAGAACAGGACCCCCCAGACGCUACAUACCAAGACGGACCUGAUCAACCCGGCUGGUAGACCAUUCGUAGCUAUACCUAUAAUAACUAACAAAGGGCCGAGAAUAGUAAAAUGGCUAAUAGAUACAGGUUCUGAAAUUAGUAUAAUAACGGAAUUUACAGAACAUUUUAAAACUGACAAAAGGGUUAUAAUACAGGGAAUAGCAGCAGAAACAGAAGUACCAGUAAUAAAAUUAAGACUCAAAUUAUAUAAUAAGGAAUAUGAGAUUGAAGCAGCUAGCUUCAAUGCACCCUGUAAUAUCCUAGGCAUUAAAGAAAUAAGAAAAUUAUUCCCAGACUUUCUAAAUAAUAAGAGAAUAGCUAAGGUCAGAUGUAAUCUAGCAGAAGUAAAAAUACAACCUAUUAAAUUACCACACACACCCCCGACCUUCACGGCACAAUACCCUAUCAAAGGAGGUAUUAAGGAAAUAACAGAGACUAUACAAACUUUGCUAAAAGAAGGCAUUAUAGAGAAAUCUCAAUCAUUUAAUUAUAACAGCCCGGUAUGGCCGGUGUUGAAACCUAAUGGCAAAUGGAGAUUUACAGUUGACUUCAGGAGAAUAAAUGAAAAAACACCCAAACUUCCAGGACAACUUCCUGAUGUGGAAGACAUCUUUCUUAGAAUUAAAAAUUCAGCUCCAAAGGCAAUGGCAACUAUAGACUUAAGUGAUAUGUUCUUUGGAAUCCCAUUACACCCAACAUCUAGGGAACUUACUACAUUUACAUGGCAAGGACAGCAAUAUCAAUUCUUGAGACUCCCUCAAGGGUAUUUGAACAGUCCUAUUAUUGCACACAACACCUUAACAACUACAUUAAAGAACUUCGAACCAGAAUCAGAAUGUAACAUAUAUACCUAUGUAGAUGAUAUAAUGAUAGUAGGACAAGCCAUUGAAAAAGUACAAAGUACAUUAGAGAAACUAAUUCAACAUUUAAGAAAUGAAGGAUGGACUAUAAACCUAGAAAAAGUAAAUAAAGCAGGAACAGAAGUAAAAUUUUUAGGGGUACAUUGGACUACAGAAGGACCAACAAUACCUGAAACAGUAAUAGAUAAAUUAAAACAAAUUAAGCGACCCCAGAAUAAAACUGAGGUACAACAUCUAAUUGGCCUAUUUGCAUAUUGGAGGCAACAUAUCCCAUACCUACAGAUCAUAUUACAGCCUUUAUAUAAAAUAACAAAGAAAGCACAGGAUUUUGAAUGGGACCAAAACUGUGAAAAUGCCAUUAAACUGGUACUGGAAUAUAUAAACCAGUACAGCCACCUAUAUUAUAUACAGCCCGGUGACCACGUAUUUGUGGACAUCUUGUAUAUGCAGGGCUAUGGUAAUUGGAAUAUAUUUUCAAGAAAUAAAAACAGGGAAACACCAAUAGGCUUCUACUGCAAGAAAUUCCCAUGGUCAGAGAACAAAUAUUCGCUGUUCGAAAGAACCAUAUGGACAGCCUAUGAGGCAUUCAGGACAAUCCACUCACUGCUCAAAGAGAACCAUGUGACUCUCCGGUCACAUAUACCCAUUUUGGACUGGGUAAAGGCACCAGGAGAGGCAUGGGCUGGACUACCCAUGGAAGGAAAGGUACUUCAAUGGAAAUGGUACCUUCAGGAGUUCCUUCGAUCAACACCUCUGUCAGCAAAGGGGUCGGUACCAGCGGUAUCGGAGUCGAUACUUCAGUCCGACAGGCCCAUGACUCCAGAGGGAUACAUUUUCCCAACCUCAACCCCUCCCCAGAAACAGGUACCAAUGGGCCAUUGGGGGACUAGAGAGUACGAUCCCUCCCUGGUUAAUGCCUGGUUCACUGAUGGAUCAGCAACUACGGUGAACAACAAAGUGAGAUGGAAAGCAGCCGCCUAUAGACCUGGGGAUGGAAUGGUCAUUACAGACCAGGGCACUGAUAAAUCAGCCCAACAUGCAGAAGUUAUAGCCGCACUAUUGGCGAUAAGACAAACUAUAAAGGACAAUUAUAAACAAAUUUAUUUAUACACCGAUUCAUGGUGUGUGGCAAAUGGCAUAGCAGUAUGGUCAGGUAAAUGGAGAAAUAAUGGAUGGAAAAUUAAUGGUAAAGACAUAUGGUCAAAGGCAGCAUGGCAGGAAUUGGAUGCAGCAAGCAGACUAAUCAAAAUCAUAGUAUACCAUGUUGAUGCACAUACCAAGAAACAGGAUGAGACAAGUAAAAACAAUGAAGUAGUAGACAAACUAGCUUCAGCAUUAAGUAUAAAAUUAAAAGGUACAUGGAAGGCAAACAUUGAUCCAGAAACAGGAAAAGGUAAAAUACAGAGAGAAUGGAUACAGGUAAGACCAUCAACUAAGGACAUACCUAUAAGUACAGAAGAGAUACUGAAAAUCCAUGAGCAGUUAGGACAUAUAGGUACACAUGCACUAAAAAGUUGGUUCGAUAAAAGAAAUCUUAAGAUAACAUGGCAGACAAUAAGGAAAGCAAUCAAUAGUUGCAACAAUUGCCCAAAGGCUAUGACAAGAUUAACACACAAUUACCAAGGGAUAAUAGGACACCGAAUGGAUUUUAAUAGAAUCCUACAAAUAGACUUCAUAGGACCAUUAAACAGCUUCAAGGGAAAAUAUUGCUGUACCCUAGUAGACAUAACGACAGGUCUCGGGAUGGCCCGAGAAAGCACACACCCAGAUCAAAACACGACGAUACUUACAGUCUGGGGAUGGUGUGCAGCAUAUGGGACACCAGAUAUAAUACAAUCAGACCAAGGAACUCAUUUCACAGGAGCCAAAACACAAAGAAUGGCUAGAAACUUAAACAUUCAAUGGGACUUCCAUAGAGCCUAUACACCGACAGCAGCCGGAGCAAUAGAAAGAUGGAACGGAAUGAUUAAAAAACAGCUAGAGAUGCAUAAGGGAAUGCCACUGUCAUUAGCAAUAAAAAUAGCAACUUAUGAAUUGAACACCAGACCCAGAAUAAAUAGGAAGUCACCAAUAGAAGAAGCUAUACAAAAACAACAUACAAUAGAUUAUCCUACAGUUAUAGAUAGAGAAGUAAUAAGGAAUCCUAAUUGCCUUUACAGGAACCGGAAGAAUAACAAAUUAUCCCCAGCAGAAAUAAUAGCACCAGGAACAGGAAACAACGUGUGGAUAACUCAAGAUGUCUUACAGGAAUCAAGUAACAGGAAACCCACUUUGGAAUCCGUCAGGCAGACGCUUCGAUUUACUUAGUAAAAAUGGAAUGAGUAAUUUACUAUAUACCACAUACCAAAAAUAUAUGGAACCAUUGUCUGAUAUUUUCUAUAGAAUAGGUAUAUUAUCUAUGGCAGGAACGAUACAGGGAUGCAAAUACUGCACCCAUAAAUAUGCAAUGUUCUACCUAUCAGAACCAGGUGAGGUAGACAACCUCCCAAUGCUCUUGAUGCACUUAACGUUCCACUUGACAAUAGAAAGAGGUAUACAUGAUAUGAGAUUAAUUGGAGAUGGAUACAUGAGAUAUUAUGGAACCAUGCAAUCUAGUAUAUAUAGGGUGAAUGGAAUGUAUAAAAUACACAGAAAUAACAUGGAUGCAGCCCUACAUAUAAGCGCCGCUUUAGCUGCAGCAUAUGUGGGCCGUGGUAAUCACAGACUAUAUGAAACAUAUAGAACAUGGCUAAAACAUAAUCCUGAUGAAGCAAUAAUAAGCAUUGAUAAAGAUUUCCUGAAUGACCCACAGUGGGAAACAGGAGAACCAAUGUAUUUACAAAGCAUAUGUACUAGAAUAUUGUGUAGAGAUUUUGUUAUAGAUGUGUUAAAAGAAUUUGCAGCUUAUAGCACUUGGUUGAAGUUAUAUAAUGCAUAUAUAGAGAAAAAACAUAAAAAUAAACCACCUAGAAUGAGAAGGAUAAGAAUGCUAGGAUUAACAAAUUAGGAUAAUGUAUUGUAAAUUCCCAGGCUGCGACCUCAUGUGAUGCCUUUUAUGCUGAAGACAUUUCAGGCAUCAGGGGAUGGAAUGUAAGGAACACAUGUAAGGCCUAGGGUGAACAACCCUGGUCAGGAGUGAUAAGCAAUAGAAUGAUGUAAGUAAACCACAAAUGGAGUAGUGAUAAGCUAUAGACUAUGUGUGAAAGUAGGGAUAAGACUAGAAACCUAGCCAGGAAAGAAUAUAAAAGAUGAAGCCUCAGACCCGACCAACAGAGCUCGUCAGGCCCUCGCGCGAGACGACUCUCCUCUGCCAGAGACGUGAGAUCCUGUGCCCAGUGCAGACGUGGCUGACCUGAGGAAGGCUGACCCAAGAUCCAGAGGAACAGACGUGGCGAGUCCGGACCUGUAUACCUGGAGAGGUACUCCUGCUUCCAUUUGGAAGACAGGAUAAAUAAUGCUUGUAAUCUUACUGUGUGAAUAAAUGAGUGUUAUACCAA